AUGGCUCAUACAGAACCAUCAAAAUUAGAUCUCUCAGCAGCUGCUGCUACCAAUGAGUCUGCGAUCGUCGAUUCCGACUCUGUACCAGCUGGUGAGCAUGAUUCCAGAUCAAUCGUCCCUUCGACAGUUCCCAGUCACCAUAGAGCUCCUUCGGGUGCACCAUCUGGACCAGUGGCUACUGCCCCCAACCAAUAUCCCAAAUAUAUUGAGCAUCUGACUCGACUUGCUGAUGCUAGACCCUCGUCUCCAUACUUAAACCCCAUUGAUUACGACGGAUUGUCGUGGCCUAGCGUGGGUGCUAGAGAAAGACUUGAAUCGUCUGUUGAAGAAAAGGCUGCUCGUGAAAAGAGAAUUGCAGAUGCCGUUCGCACUCUUUUGACAGAAUUAGGCGAGGAUCCUAACAGAUCAGGAUUAUUGGAGACUCCCGAGAGAUACGCUAGAGCUAUGCUAUUCUUCACCAAGGGUUACGAAGACAAUGUUAAAGAUGUUAUUAAAAACGCCUUAUUUGAGGAAGACCAUGAUGAAAUGGUUAUUGUUAAAGAUAUCGAUGUGUUCAGUUUAUGCGAACACCAUUUGGUUCCAUUUUAUGGUAAGAUCCAUAUUGGCUACAUUCCCAACUCUCGUGUCAUUGGUCUGUCCAAACUUGCCAGACUGGCUGAGAUGUUUGCUCGUAGAUUACAGGUGCAAGAGCGACUUACAAAGCAAGUGGCCAUGGCCCUCUGGGAACUUUUACAGCCUCAAGGAGUGGCUGUAGUUAUGGAGGCCAGUCACAUGUGUAUGGUUAUGAGAGGAGUCCAGAAGCCUGGAAGCAGUACUACCACCAGUUGCAUGCUGGGAAGAUUUAGAGAAGCGCAACGGACUAGAGAGGAGUUUUUGAGUCUGCUCAAGAAAUAG